AUGCAUAUCAUCAAGCCGGUCUGGCUCACACACGGAGGUGAACGCAAAGAUUUCGAGGUCUAUAGCUGUGACGUUUCGCCAGAUGGGAAACGACUAGUGACGGCAGCCGGAGAUGGUUACGUUCGGAUCUGGUCUACUGAGGCCAUUUAUGGUACCGGAAAUGCUGAACUUUCGGGCAAACCGAAACAAUUGGCGUCGAUGAGCAACCACUCGGGCACCAUUCAUACUGUUCGCUUUUCGCCCAAUGGUAAAUACCUUGCGUCGGGGGCGGAUGACAAGAUCGUUUGCGUAUAUAUGCUCGACGCUAACCCUCCAACACACUCGUCAACAUUCGGCACAGACGAAGCACCCCCAGUCGAGAAUUGGCGCACAAUUCGACGACUGAUUGGCCAUGACAAUGAUGUCCAAGACCUCGGAUGGUCCAAUGACUCCUCUAUUCUCGUGUCCGUCGGGCUGGAUUCUAAGGUCGUGGUGUGGUCCGGUCAUACAUUCGAAAAAUUGAAGACGAUAGCAAUUCAUCAAAGUCACGUCAAGGGUAUCACUUUCGACCCCGCCAACAAAUACUUUGCAACGGCCAGCGAUGACCGAACCGUCCGCAUCUUUCGAUUCACCUCCCCCACUCCAAAUUCCUCCGCACAUGACCAGAUGAACAACUUCGUUCUUGAACAGACUAUCACCGCUCCGUUCGCCAAUUCUCCUUUGACAGCAUACUUCCGUCGAUGCUCAUGGUCACCGGACGGCAUGCAUAUCGCUGCUGCAAAUGCUGUGAACGGCCCUGUCAGCUCCGUGGCUAUUAUCAACCGUGGAUCCUGGGAUGGUGAUAUCAAUCUUAUCGGCCACGAAGCACCAGUUGAGGUCUGCUCAUUUUCUCCACGACUAUAUGCAACUGAGCCCCCCAACAAGAAGAAAGCAGAUGGCCAAGGAUCUACAGGACAACAUCACAUCACUGUCAUUGCCUGUGCUGGAGGAGACAAGUCCCUCAGUAUUUGGAUCACUAGCAACGCUCGGCCGAUGGUUGUUGCCCAAGAGAUGGCCGCCAAAGCGAUUUCGGACCUGGCAUGGACCCCUGAUGGAAAGUGCCUCUUUGCUACUGCCCUAGAUGGCACAAUUCUAGCAGUCAGAUUCGAAGAUGGAGAGCUGGGAUGGGCCACGGAACUGGAAGAAAAUGAGAAAUCGCUCACCAAGUUUGGAACAAAUCGAAAGGGUGCGGGUAUCACAGAAACUACAGAUAGUCUGCUUCUGGAAGAAAAGAGUAAGGCAGGUGAAAUCAAGGGCGUCGAAGGGCGAAUGGGUGCGUUGAUGGGAGAUGCAGAGCCGAACGCAAAUGGAGACAAGGCACCUCAACCUUCAAACGGAGCGACUCCUACUCGUGCUCCUUCACCUGCCCCCGAGGCCAACAAAGCACAACCCAAUGGAAGUGCUUCAACACCCGCUGCCUCGGAAUCCGAAAAGCCAGAUCCUUACCAGGCCAAGCUAGAAAGACUGAAGCAGCGCCCAACAUACACCAAGGAAGGCAAAAAGCGCAUUGCACCAUUGCUGGUCUCAGGGGCUGGGGCUGGCGAGUCCUCUCUCCCACAAGCUCGUCUGAUGGCCUCAGUUAGCAACCAGGUCAAGUCAGAUGCCCCGACUACCAUUGUCGACUUGUCAAAACCAUUCGAUGGUCUUCCUAAAGGUGGCCUGACCACUCUUCUACUUGGAAAUAAGCGCAAGCUGGCCCAGGUCGAGGGCGACGAAGAUGGCAGCGUGGAAAAACGGGUCACUCUUGCCAGUCAAAAUGGCGCAACUCCUAUCAUGGCCAACACCCCCGAUGGUCUCCUCCCAGCCCAAGUACAGCCUGCUGCGACUGGCCAACAGCCCACUCCAGAUUUCAUUCGUCCUGCCGUUAUCAACCCUUGCAUGGCGGUCAGCCAGCUUCGUUUGGCUGUUCCCAAAAUCCGCAGCCAGAUUCUCCGCGCGCUGGAUACCAGCGGGAAACCAACGGAAGCACCGGGCUCCGGUGCGGACUCAAAGGAUAGCAAGAGCCGAGUGGACGUGGUUUUCGAAGCUCGGAAUCCUUCUCCAGCAAGCCUGACUGGUCGUGCCGUGGACCGGGAACCAGUACGCUUGACUUUGUUCCGCGGAGAGCAGCCGCUCUGGCAGGAUUUCUUGCCACGGACUGUUCUUCUAGUCACUGGAAAUCAAAGCAUGUGGGCAGCUGGAUGCGAGGAUGGGUCAAUUUACCUCUGGACGCCGGCAGGUCGUCGUUUGGUCAGUGCACUGGUCCUCGAAGCACAGCCGGUGAUUCUCGAGUGCAACGGACCAUGGAUCCUGUGCAUUUCAUCUGUGGGCAUGUGCUACGUCUGGAACGUGAAGCAUCUAUCUUCUCCUCACCCACCCGUAUCUCUUCAGCCCGUAUUGGAUGCGGCAAUUCACACUUUGGGUGCAAACCCAACUGCUGCCCCGGCAGUGACAGAUGCACGCAUCAAUUCGGAGGGCCGUGUUGUCGUCUCCCUAUCUAACGGUGAAGGAUACUCAUAUUCUCCAUCCAUGUUCACUUGGCAGCGCAUCUCUGAAGCGUGGUGGGCUGUUGGCAGUCAGUACUGGAACACGACUGACGCACCCGUAAACAACCUACAAGCCAAGGAUGCACAGCAAGACAACAAGGAUGCUAAGGCAGCUGUUGCAGCUGGUAUCAUCCCUUGGCUGGAACGCAACACCACCAACGAGACCUUGCUUCGUGGACGAGCAUACUUCCUCCAGCGUCUCAUCAAGGUUCUUUUAUCUCGCGAGGGAUACGAGACAUUCGAGUCCAGCGUGUCCAUUGCGCAUCUCGAGAACCGUCUUGCCGCUGCGUUGUCUCUUGGUGCUAAGGAAGAGUUCCGGUUAUAUCUCUCCAUGUACGCCAAGCGUAUCGGCGCCGAGGGAUUGAAGCUAAAGGUCGAGGAGUUGCUGAAGGGCUUGAUCGGUGGUCUUUUCGAGGACGAUGAUACCACUGAGGGAAUCCUAAAUUUGCAGGCGAAUGAGCGCGAAGGCCGGAAUUGGCGCGAAGGAUCUGACGAUCUAUGUGGCUGGCCCCGGGAGACACUAUUGAAGGAGGUCAUUCUGGCACUCGGCAAACACCGAGACCUUCAACGUGUCACAGUGCCUUACGCCAAACUGCUGGAUAUGGUUGACACCGCGUCAGAAAAUGGCGAUGCCAUGGAUCUAUAG